AAAUAAUUAAAAAAUGUGUAUAAAAUUUAGAACGAGGCCAUCAAAAUUAAGCGGAGAAAAGGACUCAUCAAAUUUAAUGUGUUAAAUGGUUGGAUAUUUUAUAAAUAUUGAAUAUGAAUGUGGUUUAAAAUACAAAUAAUGGAUAGUUUCCGAAAAAGGAAAUUCUACAAUUAUUAAUGUUAAAGGAAGGUUUUUAUUUUAUCACAUAUAAUCCUUAUUCUAUGUUACUAUAUAUAUGAGCAUGUAUGGCUAGCUCACCUCCCACACACGGUUAGAACUAUUUCACAUUCCAAUCGUCACUUCUUGCAGAACCUGCAGCCACCAUGGACUCCGGCGCUUUUCCGGUGACAAUCAAGCGGAGAGAGGUGGUGGCCGCGGUGCUACCGGUGCAGGAGCACUGGCUGCCGAUGUCCAACCUCGACUUGCUCCUGCCGCCCCUACACUUCGGAAUCUUCUUUUGUUACAAGAAUAUCGAAAGGGUGUCGCCGGAAAGCAUGGCGGCGGUGCUCAAGAAAUCCCUAGCCCAGGUGCUGGUUUACUUCGCCCCCUUCGCCGGAGAGAUCGUGGCCAACGGCCAAGGCGAGCCCGAGAUCCUCUGCAACAACCGCGGCGUCGAUUUCACGCAUGCUUAUGCGGAUGUGGAGCUAAAACACAUCGAUUUUUAUAAACCGGAUUUGUCUCUUCAUGCUAAACUUGUCCCUCUUCACAUGCAUGCUCUUCUUACCGUUCAGGUGACGGAUUUGAAAUGCGGCGGCCUAUUCAUCGGAUGCACCUUCGACCACCGCGCCGCCGACGCCCACUCCGCCAACAUGUUUCUCACGGCAUGGGCGGAUAUCGCCCGAUCAAAUCCCAUAAAGCUUCUCCCCUCAUUCCGCCGCUCCCUCUUCAAUCCCCGCCGCCCUCCGCAGCCGCAUAAGUCACUCGACGAACUCUACGCGCCGCUGCUGCAGCCGCCAACGGCCGGCAACCACUGCCUCCUCACAAGCCGGAUCUACUACGUUCAGUCCGACGAAAUCGAUCGCCUCCAGUCCCAAUCCAGCCACAAAGGCACCAGAAAGAGCAAAAUCGAGUCCUUCAGCGCCUUCCUCUGGCAAACCCUAGCCUCCGCCGCCGACGGCUCCAAGGCGGUCAAACUAGGCGUGGUGGUCGACGGAAGAGCGCGGCUGGGCAAUAACAAAACGACGUCGCUGGAGUCCUACUUCGGGAACGUCCUCUCGGUCCCUUACGUGGAGGCGAGCGCCGGCGAGCUCCAGGCGGCGCCGCUGAAGGCGGUGGCUGACAUGGUGAGCGCGUGCAUAGCGACGGCAGCGACGGCGCAGCACUUCCUGGCACUGAUAGACUGGGUGGAGGUGCGGAGGCCGAAGGCGGCGGUGGCGAGGGUGUACUGCAAGGACGAGAGGGACGAGGCGGCGGUGGUGGUGUCGUCGGGGCAGAGGUUCCCGGUGCGGAUGCUGGAUUUCGGGUGGGGCGGGCCGGAUUUCGGGUCGUACCAUUUUCCAUGGGGCGGUGAGACCGGGUACGUGAUGCCGAUGCCCGGCCCGCAUGGGAAUGGAGAUUGGGUUGUGUACAUGCAUCUCAAGGAAAGGCACCUGGAUUUGCUUGAGGCGCGUGCGCCUCACGUGUUCAGGCCUCUCUCCCGCAACUACUUGAAGUUUGAAUAAUUGCGCUUUUUUUCUUAUUUUUAUAGUCGAUAUUGUAUGUAUUUUGUGACUUCUUCUCAUUAAAAUCCAAUAUUCUCAUGGGCCCGGCCCACAUCCAAAUAAAACAUAUUGUUUGAUCUAA